UUGAUUGAGCAAUUUUGUAAGAAAACUUCGCUUUCCUAUGACAGUCAGCACCAAAACAUAUGAAAGUUAGUCAACAAAAACAGAACUGAAAAUGAUCGCUUCUAAGUGGCUAAAUAGCACUGUGUGGCACUUGAGAUUCAACCAAAUUAGUUUAAGGACAGCAUUACAACGUACUCAUUCGACGGACAAACCAACGUCCGACAAACCGUUGAGUCCACGCAUGGAAGAGUUUCAGAAAAAAUUGCGAGAAAAAACACCGAUCGGUAAACUGGACGAAAUUGAGGGACCACAUCCGUAUCAAGAGAAAGAGCCGCUGAAACCAUUUCCCAACAACACUAAUCCGGAAACGGGCGAAGUUGGUGGACCGCGAGGACCCGAACCGACACGGUAUGGUGACUGGGAGCGGAAAGGUAGAGUUAGCGACUUUUGAUUUUUCGCCAAUUUGUUUAGUGUAAUUGUUAUGACACGAUAGUAUAAGGUCCGAGGCUUUGGACAACGGGACAGUGAUUAGGAAAAGAUUAAAAUUUCUUUCAAUUUAAAA